CACUCACCUAGCUCCUCCUGCAGAAUGUGGGAGGUGUCUGCUCAGAGUUUAUUCAGAGUUUAUUCAGAGUUUGUGUGAGAAAGACCGCCAAACAACACGCGCUGAGGAAAGUAAAUGAGGCUGAUGUUUCUUCAAAACGCGAUUGCAUUAACAGUCAGACGCUUGGGACAUUGAUCAGAAUCACCAAGAUAAUUUACAUUAUCUAUGGUGUCAACAAUGGCAAAGCUUGGAUGUGGAGAUUGCUGUGCAGAUAACACAAAAAUCCUUGAGACCAUUCUGAAGGGAAAGCACUACAAUUCACAUGAGGAACAGACAGCAUUGGAAUGCCACUGGAAAAAAACGUCAUCAGUUACCAGUGACGAGAUUGCAUCACAGCCUCAAGACCUUGAUAAAUCUUGUGUAUACCAAGCACAAGUUUGUCAUUCUGAAUGGGCACCAAUGGGAAAAAAAGACUCUGGUUGCAGGGAGAACACAAAUCAAGGCAGUGCUGGGCAGAACUCAAACCAACGUGGAUAUAUAGGACUGUUCUUGGGGGAAAUUGCUCCUUUAAACUUGACUGUACAUAGAAUUUUGAACAGUGCAACCCACAGCAGUAUGCAAAACUGCCAUCAACAAGUAAGCAAUGUUAAUGCCUUGCCCAAGGACUGCAUCCAACAAAGAGCACACACUGAUAUCAGUAUUCAUCCCAGUGUUUCACAUCAAUCUGGUCUUGGGAAUAAAGGCAGCAAAAUGCCAGAUGAUCUAAAUGCAAGUAAGAUGCAGGAAUGUGUUCCACUCAAAAAAAGGAAAAAGUAUUUGGUUCAAGUGACUGAGGAUAAUCCUGGAUAUGAAUUUUCUGCUAAAAACAAUGUUUCAACAGUGGAUCAAACGGGCAGUCCAGAUAAAUUGUGUGUAAAACGCACAUUGGAUAAUGGCAUAAGACCCUUUACUAAGCAGUUUGAAAAGAGCCAUCCUGUGACUUGGUCUAAACCUGUGCAGCCUUAUCAGCAAGUGUACAUGCACAAAAAAAAUGUUGCUAUUGUUUUUCCAUUACCGCUGGAAGUUGUAGAAUGUUUUAAGUCCUUAACGAACCCCACAAAGGACUCUAAAGUUAGUGAAGAAGGUGUUAAAGCAAGACCUGUUGGCCCACACCCUGAACCUGCACUGCUGCACCCAACAACAAAGGAAAGUGACUUGAUUUCCAGUAGCACAAGUUCUAGUGUGGCACAAACAAAUCAUGGUUCACCAGAAAUGAUCACACAGUGUUUGCCAGAGACUGGAUUUUCUCAGUGCUCCAGACCAGAAGCUCCUAUUCAGGCUAAAGACACGUCCCACCAAAGAGACAGUUUGUACUCUGUGCCUUUGUCCUCGACUAGUGUCUGUAUGAGAGAAGAAUCAUCUAACAUGGAUAAUCAGUGCAGUGCUGGCCAUAUUCAUGAAGAUGUUACCACGACAAAUGAAAGAAAUAUUAAUGGUUCAGAAAGUCAGUCGGUCACUGAAGACAAUGAACAGUGGUCUCUUCAGAGGUUGCAAAGAUUAAUGUUUGACUUGGAGAAAAAGCAGUCAAUGUCUCGUAAGGAGGUCCAUUUUGCAGACCUUUCAAGUGAGAUUCUUAGGUUGUUUUGGAAUGAAGAUUUUCAAGAACUUUGUGAAACUGCUAAAUCAGAUUAUUAUGUCAAUAUCAUGAAAGAAGUUAAACUUUACAGUGGAAAGAGAAAUUCUGUAAUACUUCAAGAAUGUAGAACAUUGCAGGACUUGGACCAUGUUGCAGAGGAUCUUCACAACACUAGGCAAAACCCUGUGGUACCCACAGUUGAGUCAGAAUCAUUCCAGUCUUCAGUGUUGAAUCCUAGUGAUUGCAAUAAGAGCACAGCCAAAGUCAAUAAUGAUGAAAUAAGAAUGGAAAGAGAUGAAAAUGUAAAAGUUCCUGAGAAUUAUGUGGCAGCAACAUCAACACAGGCACAAAGUCAGCCUCUACUGACUGUACAUGAAAAUAACUGUAGUGUUGAAGAAGAUCUUGCUAGAGUGUUAACAGAUAAGUCGACGGACAUGGAUGUUGAACAUAAAGACGAUUAUUCAAACAGAGGACCAGUCGAAACAAAGAAGCCUGUGUUUGAUUGCUUAAGUAAGCCAACUUUAACUGAGUGUCCUGACAACAGUAAGAAUGUAACGGUGAACAGUGAAAAAGGAGAGGAACUCCCUGAAAAUAAAACUGCAAGAAAUGAAGUCUCUUUAGUGAGGUCUUUGAAUGAGCAAUCACUUGCGAUGAGUGAUAACUGCAUGCAUGUAAAUUCAGAAGAAGACCAGCCCACAACUGAGAUGACUUGUUCAUUAGAAGACUGUAACAAUGCAGAUUCAACAGACUGUUGUUCUUUCUUGGAAAUAAACGUUCUUUCACCAGAAACAGCCAAGAAACUUUAUUUUACUGAGCCAAAGAAAGAUGUCAAGACAAUACACAAAGAUGUCUCCGUAGAGACCUGUACAGAGAAAACCGACCAAGUCAUUGUUUAUCAUUGUGACUUUAUUCCUGAGGAUGACACGCAGAUAAAUACUAAUGUGAAGCUAGCUAAGAAUAACAUUGGAAAUGAUGGCGCACAACAAGUCAAACAGUACUGCUGUCUUGCUAAAUGGUUCCAGGAUUUGGGGUAUGCAUUUAACGUUCCAUGUGCGUGUAAGAAAAACACUGCCAAAAGAGUGACUGAAGAGAGCAGCAACAUUCCAAGUGAUGCCAACACAGAUAAUCUUGAGAUUGAGGAGGUAAUCACAGAUUAUGAGGAUGUACGUAAAAUAGCAAGUGCAAUAUCUGUGCACCAAAUGAAUGAACCCCUUAGAACAGGUGGGACACGUGAAUUCAAGAAGGGAAAGCCGGCACAUGAUUCCUGCAAGAACAAAACCACCAACCACACCAGUUGCAGCAAGUUAGUCGCAAAGUCUGACCUUAUUCCAUACCUCGGUCAGGACCUGUCACAGGGGGACUCGUCUUUCCCCUUAACACCUACAGGUUCAGAUCUUCAAGUUGAAGAAAAGAACAAAAUGAUCACGACUCCAGAGGUCCAGAAGGAGAAACGGACGGUAAAUCUGGCAUUAUUUGGAUUAUCUAGUCUGAAUCACAAUAAAACAGUAGGAGUAACAAGGAAUAAUCCUGAAAAGAAAACAGGUUUUGGAAUCAGAUCUUUUGAUACAGAGCAUUUCCCUCCAGCAACUCUUAAUGUAAGAGUGAAUAAUGCAGUCAGGUUAAAUAAUGAUGCCAUUGGGAGGCAAACUGCAAAACAACGCAUUUUGAAAUCCUGGCAGAACAGCUUAGCACCUACACAGAUGUUUCCCGAUAAACAAUGGUCAAGGAAGCUAAAAAACGGAAGUAAAUCAAGAACUGAAACUGCAGAUAUUUUUGAAAUUGAAAAAAGUAUCACCCCUACAGCAUUUGAUGCAAUGAAGAACUUGCUGUCAACUCAACAACACAUUCAGACACAUGAAUCAGAAAUUCCAUCCCCAACAGAGCAACAGAAAACCUCAGAUGGUCAGUCAAAGAAUAAAAAACAUUCCACCAAAAGGAAUAAAAAGAAGAAUAGGAUACUUGAUUCAAUUAGUCUUACCAGGAGAAAGAAAGGACUGUAUGCACAUAACAAGAGUAAAUCAAGUGCUUCGUCCGUUGAGCUACCCUGCCCUUUGGGCCAAAGUAAACAUGAAUCAAGCAAGCGUUCCAUGCUUGAUUACAGAAUCCUGCCAGAAACUUUCAGCUUCAGAGAUGGUGGCAGUUUGAUGAAAGCACAUCAGUCUAAAGACGCAGCUUAUGGUCAAAAAACUGAAACUGAAAUGCCAAAGAAGAGGACAGUGGAAAAUCUAGUAAUAGGCGUUUGGUGUGUCAGCCCUAAGAAGAAAGGAAAGCUUAAGUCCACUUUACCCUCCAGUUCUUCUGUGUCAGCCAGCACCUUCCAAGAAUUCAAGAAAAGAUAUGAAGAAAAAAAGAUUGUGCAUCCUAAAACUAUUUGAGAAUAUGCUAGAAAACUUUAUAAAUCAAAACAUUUUCUGUACUAGAUAUAUGUAUUGAUCUAAUGAGAAGGAGAUGUGGAACCCCUGGACAAGAUUGCACUGCACACUCCAUUUAAGGCUGUUAGCUGCUCCAAGGAUUAUGUUUGUGUGCAAUGUUUGAUACUGUAAAAUACUGGUUUUGGUGAUUUUCAUUUAUAAACCUGUACCUACUAUCACUGUUUAAUUUUAUGAUCAUAUAUGCAAAAAAUACAUUGUAUGUAUUUAAAUAUUAUGUCAUUUUUAAAGAUAGAUAGAUAGAUCAAAAGUCAUAGGAUGGCUGUAGUCAAAUUGCUCAUUAAUUAUUACUUUGAGUGAGUGAUGGCUUGGGAAAGUUUACAAAGUGUUGCAGGCUUUUAAUGUUACUCAAACCAGUGUGUUUAUAUGUGUGUAGGAAACAAGGGAGGAAUAAUUGGUAACAGGCAUUGCCAUCCAAAGUGUAAAGUGCAGUGGCUAUUAAUAAAAUGGACCGGUGGUGUUUGGCUACAGAUUCCAGAUAAUUCCAGAAAAACUAGAAAGUUUGGAAAUGUAUUAAAAGCCCAUUGCCUCUUUAUUAUCCACCGUAUUCUGACACGCCCACUUCAAGAAUGUGUUAAAAUAUAUGGUCAGUUUGUAUCAAAUGAUUUAUGAUUAUAUUGAAUUUAAAAUCAAUUCAAUCUAAAGUAGCUAGCAGUGCUAGCUCAGUAUUCAAAAAGGCUAUUUUACCUUAUUUUUAGCGGAGAGGAGAGAAGCUGUGUCUGUGGUUGAAGGACACUAGGUCAAGCUCCUCUUUAGUGGAAGGUUGUGGAUAUAAGUUGAGUGGAACUCUUCUAGACCCUGAUAUUUUUGUGUUGUGUUGAAAUCACUUCAACUUAAUUCUGAUUUUUAAAAUUGUGUGACACUCUAUAACCACUGCUACACUACAUUUAUAUUACUUAUUCUCUAUGUUUAUUUUCAGUGUGUUUGUAACAUAUUUAACCCUUUGAUGCUUAACAUAUGCACACGCCCUCUAAUGCGCAACAUGGGAACAUAGAAUUUAAGGUAUUCCUUAUUUAUCUUGUUGUUGAUCAUCAUACAUCCAUAAUUAAUUUUUGCCUUAAAAAUUAAGAUUAGUUUUAAAGAAACCCUAGAAAACAAAUGUGGAUUAUUUUUGAUCCAUGUGUGCACUAGAGAGCUUUUAUUCAAAAAGUAGGUAAGGUAAAAAUAAACUAAGGAUGUAUGAUGAAUAAAAACUAUAUAAUAAAAAGGUAUUCAUUGAGAAAUACCUUGGAUACUGAAUGACUGAAUUAAUUUUUUGCUAAGACAUAUGAUGGAAACACUCAGCCAUUCAUUAAGUUCCAUAGAAAAUGAAUGCGGGUCAUCACGCUAAACAAGGUGAAUACCGAAUGGAAAAUAUAUAAUAUACAAAAUAUGUCACAUACAUGGUUUACACCAUAUUUCCAGUUUUAGAAUUUAGCCUUAGACAGAAAAAUUUAAUGAUAAAUGUUGAACUGUUGAAAAUUACCUUUUUUUUUUUACUGAGCCCCCUAAAUCAUCCUGGUAGGAAAUAUUUGCAUAAAUCAUUCACUAGAUUUUGUAAAUUCUCUUCGAGUUUGUUGUUCAAUGUAAUAAAUAAUUUUCUCAGUU